GUGAUCAUGUGAUAGGCCCUCCCUGACCAGAUCGCUCUCCUUACUUUGACAGUCCUGUCUUCAAUUCUAGACCAAUGAACAUCUUUCCCGACAUCUACAUCCUGGGUGUGUUGCGAGGAUUCUAUCAUCUGCAAGUUUCGUUUCUAUCACCAUGCCUGCUGCGUCACCGAAUGUUUCUCCUCGAGCUCCAUGGAGGGAUAUUCUGGAUGUUCAUCUACACCAAACUCCGGGAUAUGAGUUUACAAUCGCAACAGUCGGCAGGAAUGAAAAAGGGCAGGCAGUGCCUCGCGUCCGUGUCUGUGGAUUCCGUGGAUUCUUCCCAGAUCUUGACCUACAUCCAAGUGGGAAGGCAGACUUGGACGAACAAGUUGCCAAUGGCAGCAAUCUGCCCUCUGUCGAAAGCGACAUGUUCACUUUUACAACCGACUCUCGAAUGGAGAAGUUGAAAGAGCUUCAGUCAUCGAACCAGGAGAUAGAAGCACUCUUCUGGCUCAAAGAGGCUUCGUCACAAUGGGGUAUACAGGGCAAAGCGUGGGUGCUCGGAAAUCCGUGCGGUGAGAUGGACGCUGCAGAGAAAGAAUCCAGAUCCGCGAUCGAGAAGCAAUUACAACCAACAGAUCAUCAAGGAGUCGGAGACACACCCUUUGACUGGGAUUAUGCCGUGACAAAGUACUUCGCCAACCACUCCCCGUUAAUGAGAGGCUCUUUCAGAUCGCGCUCCCCGGGCAAGCCGAAGCACUCUUUGCCUGAUGAUUGCCCCGGGGCUAAGGGGCAUCUUGUCACCGAUCUCUAUGACCCCGAGGCGCGAGAAAACUUCCGAGUCGUUGCCAUUAUCCCGGAAAUCGUUGAAUUGCUCGAUUUGUCAGACAGUAGGAAACUGCAGAGGUGGAAGUGGACAAAGGACCAUAGCCCUCACUCUCAGUGGAUUCAGACUGAAUUGUGGCCUUGA